AUGGACAAGGUCAACGUUUCGGGGUUGAAGGCGCUGCGGGGUGCGAUGGUAACAUACAUCAAGGAGCACGUCGCUCUGAAACGGUCGGGCCGUGUCGGACUUGCUCACGAUGCCUGUGACGACGACGGCGAAGAGCCCCCUUCGGCAUCCCAAGCAGUCGGUGUCGCCGACACCCGCGAAGAGGCCACAGGCGGCGUCGACGACGCAGAUGGGGAGGCAGGGAAGGCGGUGCCGCGGACCGGGGAUCAGGAAGAGGAAGAGGAGGAGGAGGAGGAGGAGGAGGACGAGGAGGCGUCCACCGAUGAUCGGGAUGAUAACCAGGAGGAGCGUGAGGAGCGUGAGCAAGGGCAGGAGGAGGACGAGGAGGAGGAGGAGGGAGUGGAGGGUGCCGAUGUGGAGAGAGGAGACGUGGUCGGCAAUGUGGACGGGGACGCGACAGAGGAGGAUAACGCCGCGGCCCCGAUGCAGACGGGCGUGGAGCCCACCGCAGGGAACGCCGGGGUGGGUCCUGGCGGGGAGCGGAGCAAGGGAGCCGAUGGGAGCCGCGGCGUCGGCCAGGUGGGUCCUGGCGGGGAGCGGGGGAGCAAGGGAGCCGAUGGGAGCGGGGGUACGAGCGUGGUCGACCAGCUCAAGAAGAACGGGGCCAGGGUGAUAAGGACGCACAGCAAGGGCGAUGGAAUCAGGAGUGCGGAGGGGGGCCCUGCCGACCAGGUUGCCGCUCAAGAGGCUGGACCAACAGCUUCGCCAUUGGUGGCCGAGAAGCCCCCCAGUCUAGCAACCGCACCAACGGCGAUAGAUGGCGGCGCCGAAACCGUGAAGGGGCCGUCUGGGGGGGUGACGGGGACCACGUCGAUUCCCCGCAAACCCCCUGCGGCUAGCAGCGCGCCUGUCGCCCCGUCAGCCGCCAAGGACGAUGGGCCGUCCCUUGCGGCUACUCCAGCACCAGCAGGCCCGUCUGCCGCCAAGGAUGAUGCGGCUAACCGCCCUGGUCCGUCCGCCCCAAAGGCGAACGCGCUCAUGGAAAUGCUCCGCCGCAUGGAGACCCAUCGCCCGGGCGUGCAGCCGACUCCCGUGGUCGGUGCCGCUCCGUCCAAACCGGAACGUCGCUCGGUCGCUCCGCAGGUCGGCGCCACAACGUCCAGUGCCCCACCUACCGCGCCUAACAUCGCCGGCCGUCCUCCUGUGGACCCCAAGUCCGCCCUGCUUCGCGCCCGGUUAGGCGCACGUACUGCGGCAGCGCCAGCACGGGCUCGGACAGAAGCCGGCUCAAGCGCGACGCCGACGUCGGUAACCGUAGCUGCACCCUCACUCGGUGCAGCUACUGUCGAGGCGGUGGCGGAGAAGGGCGUGAGUGCAGCGCUAGCCACGGGCGGUCGAUCCGUCGACCUUGCACAGGCGGCGAAAGGCCAGCGCGACGCCGACAUCGAUGCCAUCCAGGACCUGUUGGAAGCGUCCCCCCGGUAG